AUGGGCAAGAUCGUGCACAUCGUCCUUUGGAAGCUCAAGCCCUUUGCGUCUGAGGCUGCCGAGCAGGCCAUCAAGGCCGGCAUCGCCGAGCUCACGACCCUCGAGGGCCCCGAGCUCAUGCACCUUGGCCCCCCCGCCAUUGAGGGUCGCAACAAGGGCUACAACUGGGGUCUCUACUCGAUCUUCCCCGACCGCGAGACCCUUGACAAGUACGCUGUCUCGGAGGCCCACCUCAAGGUUGUCACCGAGAAGAUCAAGCCCAACUUUGACGAGAUCAUGGCCUACGACUGGGAGCUCUAG